AUGUUUGGGCUUAGUUUGCACCAUGAACAGCCCAGCGACCCUACGGAGUCUUCGGUGCCACUGAUUACACAAGCCCAAGGUCUACCCGAGGAGGAUGAUCAACUCUACCUGGGGAUUCUUCAGCGGAAGACGCUCGAAGUCUUAACCAAAUCCAACACUGACGUCGAAGACUGGAUCUCGUCCCUAGAAGACGCUCUACAUCCACUGCGGUUAGAAAAUCUCCUCGACAAGACCAUUCCCCGACCCGAGUACAGCAAUCCAUCCUACGGAAAAUGGUCCUUCUGGUCUGCGGCUGUGGGCUGGUGGAUGCGGCGAUUUAUCGAUGAAGAGAUGGAGGUUCAUCUUUGUUUGAUGGAAGGAGAAACCACCCAUGCCGACGAUCUUUUCCGUAUGAUCAAGUCAUACUACGGCCGAGCCGACUGCGCAAGCCACGUGAGACAGGAGCUUAGAAAAUGGGACCAAAUGAACCGGGCCGAAUAUGAUACUGCUGAAGAUUUCGUGAUUGCCUGUGAAAAUUCAUGUAUCAUCCUAGAUCGAUUCGGCGUUGGGCCUCCGCCUUGCAUGGCCCUUGCUAGGUUGUUGGAUGAAUUGAGGGAUGAGCUUCCGAAGGUUGCGUCUAUCGAGUGGGAAUUGAAGGACAUGAUUGCUACCGAUAUCACGCAAGUUUCCUUUGCUGAUUACUGUAGGGAGUUGAUUGAUGCAUUACGGCAACUGGAAAGUACCAGUGCGGUGCCAUGA